AUGAUGAGCCACAUGCUCCACGGUGGUCUGAGACAGAUGGCGUUGGCCACAACCGCCGCAGACAAGACCAGCGGGACAACCAGUGCAAACCCCCCAAAAAGCCUUGCGAAGACGGCAUUGGCAGCACCCGAGCUCCGCAGGGCGCUCAAUUGCCGGUUCGCCAGACCCAAAGAUGACCAUCGGGGUCAGGAGGCGGUGAUGGCCCAGCAGGGUGACGUACAGCAGCAGCUAGGUGACGAGUAG